AUGGAAGAAUCAGAGGCUUUGGAGUCAGAGAGGCCCAGGAGUGAAAUCGUUCUCUACCCUUCUCUGUUCCAUGCCCUUUGCAACAUAUCUUUGGGUUCUUUAACUCCUGGAGGAGCAAUGCAGCCCCAAGUUGGAAUGUCAGGGGUUGGCCCAGUGCCUUUAGAGAGAGGACAAGUACAGAUGUCAGACCCGAGAGCUCCUAUACCUCGUGGACCCAUGACUGCUGGUGGCCUGCCUCCUCGAGGACUGUUAGGAGAUGCUCCAAAUGACCCACAUGGAGGGACUUUGCUUUCAGUCACUGGAGAAGUAGAGCCUCGAGGUUAUCUGGGCCCACCCCAUCAGGGUCCCCCCAUGCAUCAUGCUUCUGGUCAUGAUAGCCAUGGCCCUUCCUCACAUGAGAUGAGAGGAGGGCCAUUAGCAGAUCCCAGGCUGCUAAUUGGAGAGCCCAGGGGACCCAUGAUUGAUCAAAGGGGACUCCCUAUGGAUGGUAGAGGCAGUACAGACUCUCGAGGGAAGGAGACCCGAGCCAUGGAAACUGAGGUCUUGGAGACACGAGUAAUGGAGAGAAGAGGAAUGGAGACCUGUGCGAAGGAAACCAGAAGGAUGGAAGCAAGAGGCAUCAAUGCAAGAGGAUUGGAGAUGAGGGGCCCUGGCCCCAGUUCCAGAGGCCCUAUGACUGGCGCAAUCCAGGGUCCUGGUCCCAUUAAUAUAGGAGCAGGUGGUCCUCAGGGACCCAGACAGGUCCCGAGCAUUUCAGGGGUGGGGAAUCCUGGAGCUGGCAUACAGGGGGCAGGCAUACAAGGAGGAGGAAUGCAGGGAGCAGGCAUACAAGGAGGAGCAAUGCAGGGAGCAGGCAUACAAGGAGGAGGAAUGCAGGGAGCAGGUAUACAAGGAGGAGGAAUGCAGGGAGCAGGUAUACAAGGAGGAGGAAUGCAGGGAGCAGCAAUGCAGGGAGCAGGCAUACAAGGAGUGGGCAUGCAGGGGGCAAGUAAGCAAGGUGGAGGCCAACCUAGCAGUUUUAGUCCUGGGCAGAGCCAGGUAUCUCCACAGGAUCAAGAAAAGGCAGCUUUGAUCAUGCAGGUUCUUCAGCUGACUGCAGAUCAGAUUGCCAUGCUGCCUCCUGAGCAAAGGCAGAGUAUCCUCAUUUUAAAGGAGCAAAUCCAGAAAUCCACUGGAGCUUCUUAAAAGGUUAUAGAAUAUAUUUGGUUUUAGUCUCAGAAAUUUCAUUCUGUAGCAUGAAGAAUGGUUGCAAAAGGUGAUUCUGUGUCCCAUACUUGAAUUGUUAGGGUUUCCCUCCUCCUAGAAUUUAAUCUUAUUUCUCAUUGUCUUAUUUCUUUGUUUUUUUUUUUUUAUUUUUUAUUGAGGGUGGGGGGAGGAUAAAGUGGGUCUGUUCACUUUAAGUCAUUAUAUAUAGGCAAAAAUAGCUCUGAACAUGAUUAUAUUACAACAUUUAAGAUUACAAAAUAUGCAGCAAUA